UCCAGCCUGACCCCGCCAGGGCGCGAGUGCUGUGCAGAUCUGAGAUCGUCACAUUGUUGCCAGGGGAAAAGAUAAAACUGGCAGAAAGUUCCAGACUCCCUACUCCAUUUGAGUGGCUGAGACGGGAGGUGGCAGCCUAAAACCUCCGGCUCCGGGGAGCAGAUGAAGUCUCAGGUUACAGCGUGAACCCGGCAGCGCGGCUGCAGCCCCGCCUGAGGAGCCCAGGCUGGAGGGGAAAGCGCGGCGGGCAGCCGGGAAAGCCGGCCAUGAACACCGCCCCGGGCUGCGGCCCUAAGGACGACGGGGACGAGAAGGACGAGGACGUGAGUGAGCAGGGUGAUGGAGACCAGAAGCCCAAAGGCAGACGGGAGCUGGAGCCGCACUCGAGGAGGGAGCCGGACGAAAGGGCCGUCCGCAUCCCCAUCCCGGAAGUGCUCCAGCAGCGGCUGGCGGACGACUGUUACUACAUCAACCGCAGGCGGCGGUUGGUGCGGCUGCCGUGCCAGACCAACGUGGGGGCCAUCCUCGAGUGCUACGUGCGCCACUUCUCGGCGGGCGCGCUGGCCUCGGGGGACCGCCGGCCGCAGCCCCCGCGCGCGGCGCCCGAGAGGAGUGUGGGCCUGUGCAGGGAGAUGGCGGACGGGCUGCGCAUCACCUUCGACCACGCGCUCCCCUUGGUGCUGCUCUACCCCCAGGAACAGGCCCAGUAUGAAAUGGUGACUUCCUCCACCUUCUUCUUCCCCACGGAGGAGAGGGCCACCGAUGCUGGCAGGAGCCAGGAGGCGCCCUGGCCCGGCCCGGCCACACCUCAGCCCUCGGAGAGCCAGCCCGCGGCCGGGCCCACCGCCCCCAAGAGGCGCAAGGCGGAGGCGGAGGCGCUGCGGGCUCCCAGGCGGUCCACGCGCCACAGUGGCCACGGCCACUGGCCAUCUGACGACCGGGCCUCACCUCAGGGCAAGCGCAGUGUGCCCAAGCUGUUCCCGCACUUGCAAAGGACACCUGUGCACGGCUCAGCACUCUCCCCCAUUCCUCUGACUCCAGGGAAGGAAGGGAAUGCUCUGUUUGCUGGCUUUGAAGGGACAGCUGAGGAAAUAAAUGAGAUCCUGUCCUGGAAGCUUGUGCCAGACAACUACCCCCCAGGACACCAGCCACCUCCCCCCUCCUACAUUUACGGGGCCCAACAUUUACUGCGACUGUUUGUGAAACUUCCAGAGAUUCUUGGAAAGAUGUCUUUCUCCGAGAGGAAUCUGAAGGCAUUACUGAAGCACCUGGAUCUCUUUCUGAGAUUCUUAGCAGAAUACCAGGCCGACUUCUUCCUGGAGUCAGCUUAUGUCUCUGCCUGUGAGGCGCACUAUAGCAGCAAGAACCCCAGGACAAUCUGUUAAAGUUUUGAUGGCUCUGUAAGCACAGCUGCUCCACCAAGUUUUGUGUUUUGUGUUGUAGGUGGGCCCACCUUGCCAGAGAGUGGGCAGACUUGGGUACUUGAGUUGGUCACAUACUGUAGUUAUUUUUGUUAAGAAUUAGUUCCUGAGCUGUGGGUGGGUGUCAUACCUGGAGGGAGGUUAGUUGCUUAUUUAGAAAACAACAGCUAGAUGCUAUCGCACAGGCUUGUGUGAUUAGCAGAAGAAGCAUUGCUGUGUUCAAAGGGAACAUUCAUUAAAGUAUGCAUAGGCUGUUCUGGUCGACAUCACAGGGCAUUGUUAGCAACAGCCAUGUUGUUUAGUUUUCUCAGCAUCCAGCAAAACGUUUCUGAAGACUCUUCUGAUGUGAUAAGAUUGGAGGACUCUGUUCAGCACAUAGGAGUUCAUAUUUGGACACUUGGCAAUCUCAAAUUAUUUUAGGGGAAAAUAAAUAUUGACAGCAAGAGAGAAUUUGCAACUACGGAAUUUGUAAACGUUUUCUUUCUGUGAAACAUUCUUGGUGAUAAAAAUAAAGCAUUUGUGUCUUGUUUGAAAACAA